AUGGCUGAUGAAGAGUUCGCAUCUGCCGGGUCCGGGGCGUCUGACACCUUUCCCAUGCAGUGCUCCGCUUUGAGGAAGAACGGUUACGUCGUCAUUAAGGGACACCCAUGUAAGAUCGUUGAGAUGUCGACAUCAAAGACCGGCAAGCACGGCCACGCCAAGGUCCACUUGGUUGCUCUUGACAUCUUCACUCAAAAAAAAUACGAGGAUCUCUGCCCCUCGACUCAUAAUAUGAAUGUCCCACACGUGUCGCGUGUGGACUAUCAGAUGACCAACAUAGACGACGGGUUUCUUACCUUAAUGGAUGAUCUUGGUAACGAGAAAGAGGACCUCAAACUCCCUGACAACGACAUUGGUAAGGAAAUUCAGAAGAAAUUCGACGACGGUGACUCGUUUAUGGUAACUGUGCUGACUGCUAUGAAGGAUGAAGCUGUCGUUGGGGUCAAAACCAUGAAAGAUUCCUAA